UUUUUUUACCUGCAGUGGACAAUUACGCACAGUCAGACGCGCACGCUGGCGCAUGCACGCCGCAGCAGCAGCGCGCGGCAGCAGCAGAGAGAAGAAGAGGCACGCGCACCGGACCGCACGCGGCAAAAAAUAUGAAGCAGCUCAGCGGCCAUGUCUAAAGCCACUGUGAAGAAGCUGCACUGGCGCUCCAAGGUCCAGGAGAGCUUCGUCCCACUGAGCGCUGGUGUCAGCUCAGGAGAACUGGGUCUGGCCAUUGGAGGCGGAGCUGAUUAUGGCGAGUUUCCUUUUGUCACUGCAGCCCCUGGGGGUGGAGCUACAGUGGGUGACAUCAUCUUAGAGAUUGGGGGGACGCCCGUGUUGGGGAUGACACUGGGUGAUGUCAGAGGAGUCCUGAAUUCCUGUCCUCAUCCAAUCAGAAUCAAGACUGUGUCCCCAGGUUCCUCUCUGUGCAAAGACCUCAGGUUGUACCUCAGCAAGUGUUUCACUCCGGGCUCCGUGGACAGUCAGCUUCAGCAGCUCAUCAGGGAGAACCUGUACCUGCGCGCCGUGCCGUGUACGACCAGGCAGCCGCGGGACAGCGAGAUAUCAGGUGUGGAUUACAACUUUGUUUCCAUUGAGGAGUUUUUCUCUCUGGAAGAAUCUGGAGCUCUGCUGGAGAGUGGCAAGUUCAAAGGGAACUACUAUGGAACACCCCGUCCUGUCCACAUCGGACCAGAGAGUCCACCAAUCACGUAUCAAGAGCACCGCAACCUGCUGAGGAACUUCCGGACAAGGAGCAAGUCCCUGAGUAACCUGGAGAAGGCAGGGGAAGAAGGAGACAACAGCGAGGAGGACAAUGGGCCGUCAGGUUCAGCCCCGCCCACAAUGCUGCCACUCAGCAAAUCUUGGGACUCAACAGUCGGGAGUCGUGACAGAAUUGAGAACGGAGCAGGAGGCAGAGGAGUGGGAAGAGGGAGAGGGGGAGGUCCACUUCCUGAAAACUGGGAGCUUGUCUACAAUGACUCAGGGGAGCCCUACUACAUCAAUCACAUCUCAAAGACGACCAGCUGGGUGGAUCCUCGAAAGCAGAGCAAAGAGACGACAUCCUGCACAGAACUUCCAGAGUUCACAGACCAGCCGAGCCAGCUGAGGGGUUACUCCAUCCACACCAGGCUCUCUAAAGGUCCUCGAGGUUUUGGCUUCAACAUCGUCGGUGGAAGUCGCCCUCAAGAGUUUCUGCAGGUGUACAGCGUCACACCUGGAGGACCACCUACUCUCAGUACAGCAGACAUCCUGAUCUACAUCAAUGACACCUGUGUGCUGGGUCGCUCCCAUAAAGAGGUGGUGGAGAUGCUGAAGUCGGUGCCGAUGGGUCAGAGCGUGGAUGUGGUACUGAGAAGAGGAUACCCAAUGCUUUACAACCCAGACGGUUGUCCCAAACAGAAUCUGGAGCCUCAGACUCCCAGUGAGUCUUCCACCCAGGCCAGAACCCUGACACACCUUACCUACAGCCGGACGCUGGACGCCAAAGGCAGCACGCCAGGUCCAUCACAAACCACGCCCUCUUACGCCGCUCAGCCAAUGACAAAUGGCCUGGCUGGACCUCCUACCCCCACAACCUCUGACAUGUCGCAUCUCCCCCAUCUUUCUGCAGAGAGGACUCCAAAUAGUCACAGCGACUCUGAUGGCGGCCAAUCCGAUGCUGGAACUCUGAGAUCUUCUUUGAUUCGCUACAACAGCAACACCCUCCCUGCCCGUUCCUCCUCCUCACUCCUCUUUCAUCAGAGCUCCAAGUCUUCAGAAAGCGACCUGUCCACAUCCACACUCCCCAAUGCCUCAUCGUCCUCCCACACAUUGUCCAAACUGCCCCUCUCCCAGCUUGAUAUGGGCCUUCUCCAAAACUUCAGUAUCACCAACAGUGAAAACCCCACCCCCUCCACCACACCUUCUUCUGCUCCUGUGCAGCGUCAACAGAUCCCCCAGACUUCCCUCGCUGGCACAUCACCCAGAGAAGUCCCACCAUGUGGCUUUAACGGGUGUCCAGCAAGUCAUGCACUGACUUCUUCAUCUACCAGAGGAACAGCAGGCCUUGUUCUGCCUCUCGGCACAGGAUUGCCAGGGUCAGCACAUGGAAGAGAGCUGGUUCCGGUGGCUCUCGGACACAAUGAGGGUGGUGGGUUGGGGUUCAGUGUGACAGCGGGAGGGCAGGAGGGCCAGCAAGCUGUGGUGAGGCGGGUUUGGGAUCGGAGGCAGUGUCCCUCUUUGCAGGCAGGAGAUGUCAUUGUAAAGAUCAACGGAGCCGAUGUGCAGAGCCUUAGCUUCACUCAGGUCCAGAGAGUCCUGCAGGAACACACCAAGCAGGGAGAGGUGGUGCUGCUAGUGCACAGAGGAGGUCCUGUCUCCUCUCCACUCGUCACACCCAACCUCUACAAGCCCCUUUCCUCCCCUCAGGUUCUGACCACGCCGUCCUCCUCCACUGACCUGCCUUCUACACCCACAGAUGCCUCUGUGGGGGGAGUCCCCCCGCUCAGCCAGGCCGCCUUGGCCCUUGAAGGUCCACAGGAGGGUCGUCUGCCACCUCCAGGGACCCACCAAGGGACCCCUCCGGCUCAGACCCCUAACUGCCCCUUAGCCUCCACCCUCAUCCAGAGCACCAGCUUCCUAGAUUCAGUUCCUGUGACGCUGACCUUGGAGCCCCGGGACCUGCAGGGUGUGGAGGACAGUGCUGGUCCCGUGCGUGGAGGUGGACAUCCUGGAGCCAUCGCCAAAGAUGGCAGAGGAGGAGCAAAGAUGGUGGAAGUGGAGCUGAGGAGGCGGCCGGGAGAAGGUUUCGGAUUCGUCAUCACCUCUCAGGAAGUGAGCGGAGCCUCCUCCCUGAUGUCCCACCGCUUCGUGACGGUGCGCCGUGGCAGCCCGGCGGCACGCAGCGGACAGAUCCAGCCUGGAGAUAGGCUGGAGGCGGUGGAGGGUCGACCGGUUGGUGGCCUGCAGCACAGAGACCUGUCCCAGAUCUUGAGGAGGGCGGGGAACACGCUGAGGCUGAGCAUCAACCCCAAACAGCAGUCUUCCUCAGACGGAGCCGACCUCGACACUGAUGGACGCCUGAUCAAAGGGCCCAGAGGGAGGUCAAAGGAUGAGUCCAGGUUCUACAGCGUGGAUCUGGAACGGGGCCCCACAGGGUUCGGUUUCUCUCUGAGGGGGGGCAGUGAGUACAACAUGGGCCUGUACGUCCUGGGCCUGAUGGAGGGAGGGCCGGCCCAGCGCAGCAACAAGAUACAGGUGUCAGACCAGCUGGUGGAGAUUAACGGAGACAGUACGGCAGGAAUGACCCACAGUCAGGCUGUGGAGCAGAUCCGCAGAGGAGGACAUCGAAUCCACCUGGUUCUGAAGAAAGGAAACGGAUAUGUUCCAGAUUAUGGCCCUGAGGAAGGAGCCCUCUCCCCUUCCUCCUUGCAGAAGGAGUCGAUAACCAUGGCAACCGCUUCCUUCAGCAGGCAGUGGAGAGAAGGAGGCGGUGCAGGAGGAGGAGAGAGGAGAAGGAGAGAGAGAAAGGUGGAAACCAAACAGAGAAAAGGAGGAGUAGGGCCUCCUGACCUGGACCUGGACCUGGUGGAGGAAGAAGUUCAAGCAGAGCAAAAGAAGAUGAGAAUGAAAAAAGAGGAAGUGGAGGCUGUGAAGAGGCAACAAGAGGAAGAGGAGAGGAACAGGAGAAGAAGAAAGAAGGAGGAGGAGGAGAAGAAGGAAGGAAGUCAGAUGAUCAGUCAGAAGAAACUGGACAAGCAGGAGAGGAGGAGCAGGAGCUUACCCAGGAAUGGAGCUUCAUCCUGGGGCUCCUCUCUUUCAGAGGAGGCCAGAGGAACCGAGAUGGAGAGGAGGAGGUGCCACACUGUCAGCCGCCAUGCAAAGCAUUAUGGGAGCUCAGCAGCAGCUCCGGCAUUCUCCUUCCUGAUGCCACUGAAUGAUGACAAGCCUCCGUCUGACAGCGAAUCAGCAGCCAGCUUCUCAGAGAUUAGCCAUUCAGCAGCCAGCAUUGCCAGUGUAACCAGAGAGAAAUCUGACUGGAGGAGGGCCCAGUUGUCCCAGAAACAGGAAAACAGCCCAGGGCUCUGGCUGAAGCCGAGCACACAGAGACUGACUCAGGUUCUGACUGGCAGCAGGCUUAGUGGGCGGGAGUUUGUAGACGGGCUUCCUCUCUGAUUGGCUAGCAGCGAGGACAUUCUCCUUUUUCAUUUGCUGAACCUUUUUAUUGGCGUAAAAAUAAGGGCUUAUAUGGUUGGCCUUGUGAGAGAAGCCCUGUCCUGUUGGACAAGAGCUAACAAACCACUCUCUGAUUAGCCAGAGAACAUCUGGACAUAGACCUGCUCAUUGAACCACACCUGCACCUCAUUACCCAUCCUGCUCAUUCUCAGUCUUCUAACAAAGCAAAUGUCUCUACCUCGGUACCUUGGUUACCGUGGCAACUGAAACUGUUGCAUGUUUGAUUGAAAUGCGCCUGUUCCUCAAUCAUCAUCAUGAUCUUUUAAACUGUAUGCAAACAACUGUAUGUCCUCAGCAUGUGAAUACAACUGGAAUGAUUUUUUUAUUUUUAUAAUGUGUAAAUGAUCCCUGACAUGAAUACUGAUAUAUUAUUGAUACUAUUAGAGAUAAACAGAACUUGAGGUCUUAUCUGCCUGCCUGCUUGUAAAGAGAAACUGAUGAUUUAACACAGCCAUACUGACACACACAAACACACACUGAUGUCAGGUCCAGCUGUUAUCCAGCAUCCUCAGUGUCACCAUGGUAACCGUGUCACAGGAUGAGCUCCGGAUCAGAACAAGUGCCUCAUUUUUUUAAGUCUUUGUUCUGCAAACCUCUGCCAUUUCCUGUUAUUUCUGUCCACCAUGCUCUCCCACGAUGCCAAGAGAUCACGCCCACUCAAACACAUAAAACAGGUUCCACAAUGAGUUUUAUAAGAAAAAUUCAAAUAAAGACUGAGUAAUUA